UUGUUCUGGUUGCCAUGUGGGACUCAAGGAUUGCAUGCAUGCUUUAACUUUCGUCAUGGCUAUCAGCGACAAGGAUUGACCUGCAUACCUAGUUCCUAAAAUGAUUUGAGUGGUGGAAGAACUAAGGCUCGGGACAAUAUUAAGUACAUGCAGAGUGAUGCACAUCGGUAGUGAAAACAUGGGGUAAUUCUGAAAGGUUAUAGAAUAUUCCUAGAAAAACCAGUCGAUAUCCAUAUCCAUAAUAAUGGAUCGAGAAAUUUAUCAAUUCAGAUGCUAAGAUCUUACCAUGCAUAUAUCAAUUAUCUUAUCGUCUUGCAUACCUUUUCUCUGGCUCGUCAACGUCAACGCUUCUAUACAACGACAGAAAAUCGUGCAAGCCUACAAUGUUCACCGUAACGCUAGUUCAGCAAGCACGCCUUUACAGGUUGGCAAUGGAAAUUUUGCCUUCGGUGUGGAUGUGACUGGUCUUCAGACUUUUAAGCCCUUUGCGACCAUGUCGACAUGGGGAUGGCAUAAUUUCAGCUUACCGACCACUCCGAAUCAGACAUCCGUGGAAGGUAAGACAAGAUUCGAUAUAUAUGAGGUAAAAAAUAUUCGUUGACAAGAUGAAGACUUUACGGGCGUAGACUGGUGGACCCAUGGACGACUUGUGAAUUAUGACCAGGCGAAUCCUGCAGAGGCUGAUAUCUCAAACUGGCUGAUCCAGAAUCCUCAACGGUUAAAUUUGGGUAAUGUUGGUUUCUGGUUUGCUAAUGCUAACGUUACUGAGGGUGACUUGGAGAGGAAAAGUCAGGUUCUUGAUCUAUGGAGCGGGGUGAUUACUUCAACAUUUGUGUACAAUGGCACCCAAGUCCAUGUUGAGGUAUCAGCGGCGCCUGAUUCUGACACGGUCAUCAUUAAUGUUGAGUCCGAACUGCUUAGUUUUGGCUCCUUGGGUUUGUUUUUUGAUUUUCCCUACUCGGAUGUGAACAAAUUCGAUGCACCAUUUGUGGGGAUAUGGAACGCAAGUAGUAAACACUCUACGUAUCUUGAGGUUGCGGGUAGGGAGGCUAUUAUACAACAUACUCUAGACGAUACCAGCUACUGUUUCACAGCAAGGUGGGAAGGCACAGGACAGAUUUCGGGACCCAAGGAGGGCACACAUCGGUAUUUCUUCACAACGGCCGGCUCGAGCAGCUUGAGAAUGACAGGCACAUUCUCGGACAAUGAAAGUUGUAGCAAAGCUGGAAACAUGAGUGUAGCCUCCGUGGCUAAACUUACUGAAAAUUCCAAGUCGUGGUGGCAGUCUUAUUGGAAUUCCGGGGCAUUCAUUGAUUUAAGUUCGGUUGAUUCUACGAAUGCCACUGAACUUCAGCGAAGAAUUAUAUUAUCUCAAUAUCUUCUAGCGAUCAAUUCAGCCGGUGAAUUUCCUCCACAAGGUAUGUCACCUAGACCAGUUUUGAAAACCAUCUUCUAAAUGAUUUACUCAUCGUCACAGAAUCUGGUCUUGUGAAUAAUGGGUGGUACGGGAAAUUCCAUGUUCGUAAUCCCCAUUCCAUUUCAUUGUCGUCUCUACUAUUAGGGUGAUGCGAUGCAGAAAGAUAGCUAAAAGUUAUUCAAAUAGCUUGAGAUGGUGUUCUGGCAUCUUAUGCACUUUGCUCGAUGGAAUCAUUUUGAGCUUCUGUGGCGAAGUAUGCCUGGGAUGUACAAGCAGUUCCUCGAAUCCUCACGCGACAGGGCCAAACUACUAGGAUACCAGGGUGCCCGCUGGGGCAAAAUGACUGAUCCCACUGGUCGUAGUGCUCCUGGAGAAAUCAACUCUCUUCUGAUUUGGCAGCAACCGCAUCCCAUGUACUUUGCCGAGAUUGAAUACCGGUCAUUCCCCAAUGAAACAACACUCGGAAGAUGGGACGAGGUAUUAACGGCAACGGCUGACUUUAUGGCAUCUUUUGCGUGGUAUAACGUCAUUACUGGAGUCUAUGAUUUGGGUCCGCCGAUGUAUCCCGUCUCGGAGAAUACGAACCCAAACGCGACCAUCAACCCAACUUUCGAAUUGGCAUACUGGAGGUUUGGUCUUGACGUAGCUAUGAGCUGGAAAGAGCGCCAGGGAAAAUCGAUUCCGGAGAGUUGGAAGAGCGUGCGAGAAAAUCUUGCUCCUCUGCCUAUCGUGAAUGACACGUACUCCGUGUAUGAGGGCAUCCCCAAUAUGUGGACAGACAGCAAAACCGUGUCCGACGUAAGUAACUCCACAGUCGAAUAGUUACCACACUCAAAUCCCAAAUUGCUAACCUUUAUCAAAAUAAAGCACCCAGCAAUGGCCGGUAUUUACGGCUGGCUCCCACCCUCUAGCUCUCCUCCACUCAAUUUAACCAUCAUUAAUAACACCGCCUCCAAGAUUCUCUCGCUUUGGAAGUUUGAAGAUUCCUACGGUUGGGAUUUUGCUCUACUAGCGAUGAAUUCCUUGCGUCUGGGCGAUAUAGAUCAAGCAAUAGAAUACUUGCUGCAUCCGAUUUUCCAGUUUGACGACGCCGGAUACCCAGUGGGAGGAUCACGUGUACCGACUCCGUAUUUCCCGAAUGCGGGAGGGUUGAUGCUUGCCAUGGCGAUGAUGGCUGGGGGUUGGGACGGCGAGCCUGGUAUGCAUUUCCCUGAAGGAUGGGAUGUUAAGGUGGAGGGUUUCGUACCAGGACUGUAGGGAGUUGAUUGAUGGGUGGAUGUGAGUGUCACGAGUGAUGGUGGUAAUGAUUGGUUGUAGUAUAUAUCUAUGGUGACAAACCUGAAUGCAAGAGCGUGGGUGCCAAGAAUAUUCGAUUUGGCUGUUAUCUUUUGAGAAUGAGUCAUAAUACUUUAAUUGUUUUCAGCAGGUGAUGUGCGCCGAUGGGCUGACCAAAUCAAAACAAAGCAUCGGCAAUCAAGGAGAUGCUUAGUCAAGAAGUUCGCCCAAUCAGCCACCAC